AAAGUUUGUUUACUUUGAAGCUUAACACCCACAUCCAAACUUUUGCUUCAUCAUCACAUUUACAACCCUACCUCAAAUAAAUCCACAUUCGACACUCAGAAUAUACACAGAAUGCUCCUCGAUGAAGAUCCCGCGACUCUUAUCCGUCAUACAAUUGGAAAUUUUAACAUUGUCCCCGACAAAUCCGCUGUUGCUCGCAUCAAUGAAUCUCUAUCAACAUUACAACAAGCUCGAGAUCUCCGAAUAAGAGAAGCGGAGAGCGCAUUGAAAAGUGAGCGACUGAUUUCUGGCAUCAAAAAGUGAACUCCUAUACUAAUACCACCCAGAACUAUCGAGGAAUCUAAAUACUCUAAAUAAUAAUCAUCUUGAAACCGUUUCCGCCCACUCCCCCACAGCACACGCCUCCGAAAUAGCAACUCUCGAUACACAAAAGUUCCGCAUCGCAAAAGCAGCGAGUGACUUGGAGAUCGAAUCUGAACGUCUCUCUUCACAACUUGCGGAUCUUCAGGCUCGAUUGCAAGAACUCGAACAGCAGGGAAUGGAAGGAGGGGAGAAUGUUAAGAGAGGCCAGGUGGAUGACGAAAUUAGUCUCAAACUAAAAGUCUAUAGAGGGUUAGGGAUUGAUAUUGAGAGGGAUAGAGAGAGUGGGGAAUAUUCUAAGGCUAUUAUUCGAAAUGGGAAGAAGGGAGAUGUGCAUGUGGUGAACAUGGACAACAAGUUCUCGAAGUUUUUCUACGCGAAUUACUUUUGGCAGACUUUGUAGAGAUCACUUGGAGGUCUGAUGGAUCAUUCGGGAAGGAGUUGGGCUGGCGUUUUGGUGCUAGGGUUCUUGGCUAAUGUAUUGACUUGCAGACGAGGUUUUGUUGAUACCACGGUUGGCGGACGUAGAGUGCUGCAUGAAAUUUAUGAACAAUAGUUCCAAUGUAUAAACAUCAUCACAUAUAUGUGGCCCGGAAGCCGAGCGCCUUCUUAUUUCAUA